UUCCUUUUCACACCUUCCUGGGGUGGAGUCACUGCAGCCUGCCUCCCACUGGGCAGGAAGUCUCCAUCAGGCCCAGGGGGCAGCUUCAUCUUGGCACAGCAGAUGACUCAACUGUCUCCAGCACAGGUCACCGUUUGAAUGAACCGCGUGACUAGAUGCUUCCUUCUCACUGGUCCCUGGUGAAGACGAGUGGAACUAGGCCAUGGAGGACCAUGGUCCACUAUGCCUUCUAGCCAGGGUCUCUGUUUCCCCUUUCCCCGAAAGUGCUAAACAGCAAGCCCAGCCCUGCACCCUAGAAGCUCUUCUCUAUGGCAGAAGUCAGGGCUGGGAUGGGAUAGAGUGCGAACCUGGAUGUGUGUGUGUGUGCUGCGCGAGCGUGUGUGCAUACGUGCGGUAUUAGAUUGCUGGGGCCAUGCAGGCUAUUGUGGGGAAGUGAGAAGAGGGCCUGAACUUCACUGUCCUUAGUGUCCGUCCUCCUGUCUCUCCCUUUGUCCUUCUCUUUCUGUCUUUUAGACAGACUCACUGGCCUCAAACUCAUGGCAGUCUCUCAGUGUGGGACUCUAGGGGCCUCCCUCCUCCAGUGUGCUCUCAUAACCCCAACUCAACCUGACAUGCUUGCCGUGUGACUCUGAGAAGCACAGCCCUGGGCUCUCAGCAGCAGUGGCAAGGGCAGCCUAUCUGUGGGCUCUGGAACCUGUGACCUCUGCUCAGACUCAGAGGCAUCCUGGGUGCUUACACGGUCGCAGGCUUCGGUACCGUGCAGCCUAUGGUUCCCUGCCUUGCCGUUCCCGACCACCAGUUACAUCUGUGCGCACUCCUUCGACCUCAGCCCCAGAGGUCUCUGCGAUCUGUUCCUGAGGAAUUUUCAGCCCCGCUGGAACUCCCACAACCGCUCUCGGGCCUCAUGGAUGGUAGUAUCCCCCCCCCCCAGCAGGUGCCCCAGAGGUCCCCUAGGGCCAAGCCCCGGGUCUCCUCCUCCCAGAAUGUCUCUUCAGAGCUGGCUACAGCCCAAGUCAGCAGCUCUUCCCUCCACCCUUAUCUUCUUGUCUCUUUAGACUAUGGGGUCAGACCCAAGCACCCGUGGCCACGAGGGCCCCGACCCCUUCUCUCUCAGGCCCAGCAGCGCAAGCGGGACGGGCCCAACAUGGCUGACUAUUACUAUGAUGUGAAUCUGUGAUGGGAACCCCGCAUAAAGCUAUUCUGAGCAGCAAAUGCUUGGCUUGCUAGCCUGUGUGUAACAAGAAGGCCCAGCAGGGGUCCAAGUAAACACACCCACUGUGGUCCAGACAGGAAAUGGCACUUUAAUCGUAGUAGCCAGGUGACAAGACAGUGACGGGAUUGGCGGGGACCAGCUGAGAGGUCUCCUUUCUCUGCCAGGGAGGGCUUCUGUAGCCCUCAACUUCCUAACACGCACAAGCCUGCCAGGACCAGCAUGAUGGCCAGGCUGGAGGUCGGAGCUGCCUGGAGGCCCCACAGACGUCAGCUGAGAACAAGGUCUUCACUGUCACGUAGUGCCAUUUCCUCACUGGAAAGUCCUUGGGAGGUGGUUGGGCUCAGCCUGAGCUCAGGGCUCUAGGUGAGGGGGGGACAGGAAGGUGGGCACUUCCAGGUGGAAUGGGCUUUGUCAAGGCAGGAGCCAAAAGCCAGAGAAGCCAGAGUCCCCGGCAUGAAACAAGGCCCAGGAUAGGGCAGUGCCUCUGUUCCUAGGGGAUCCCUUGGUCAGAGGCCUGACCCCCUAAGCCCCACCUUUCUCCAGUCCCCAGAGAGCCUGUACCAUCCUCUAUAGAUGACUCUAACCCCAUAUAUUACAAUAAACUGCAUCUGCCUCUCCCCACACCCCUGCCCCCACCCCAACAGCCCGCACUUCCCCAUUCUCUUGUGGCAGUACCACAUCCUGUCCAUAGCCAGCUGUCCUACUACUGGCCUGGGGCUGAGGGGCUGCAGAGGGUGGCGGUGCUGCUACUCCAGGUAGAUAUCUUCUGUAGGACAGGUGUACUCCACAAACUGCUUGUAGAACUGCUGAAACG